GCGUUGCCAAAACCGUCGCGAGUGCGAAGGAUGCCGGUCCGUAGCGUCCCUCUGCGCCGUUGGUUUUGUCGGUCCCGCCAGCCCCCCGUCAUUGCUCCGAGCUUACCGGAACCAGACGUGUCAGAGCCGGACGCGUCCGAUUCCGAUUCGUCGUCGAGCGAGGAGCUGGAUGAACCACGAGCCGUCGACCCGAGCGAUGCAACAACGUCCAUGGCGCAGUUGCUGCACGAAGGCAAGAAGCCUCGCGUCGUCGAACGCCUUGAGCAGCCUACGGUCUCGGUGGACGAGCUUGAGCACGAAUACAAGAAGCGCGAUGUCUUGAGCACAGCCAUUGUCAUCGGAGAGACGAAGAUUGUGGAGCUUAUUCUGGCUCGCCCCGAGCUCCAGACAAUGCCAAAGUACCUUUGGAAUCCUGCCAUCGUCGCCACCAUGCGCGACCAGCUCGAGAUCUUAAAGUGUCUGUCGACGCACUCACCUGCAUUGCUGGCAUCCAUCCCAGACGCAUGCGACCCACCAACGCGUUCGCGGGGUUCGCUCCUCCACUACGCCGCCAGACACUGCGCCCGUCGAAUACUUCCGUGGCUCUUGACGCAGUCUCUCUCGGUGGCGUCCAUCGACCAGCGCGGGAACACGCCGUUGCAUGUUGCGACCGAGAGCGGCAACGUUCAAGGCCUGGCUUUGCUUUUGAGCGCGGGUGCCAGUGUCCGCGCAACCAACAACAGCGGUGACUCGGCACUGCAUGUGGCUAUGAAAAUGCUCGACCAAGGAGACGACAAAAUCAAGGUGGUUGAACGUCUCCUUGUGGCCAAUGCCGCGUUGAACGUACGCAACAAGGCGGGCAAGGCGCCAGCAGACCUGACAGACGACCCGACUGUCCUCGAGCUGUUGGCGCAAGAAGCGGCCUUCCGAUCACAGUUUCCGCUGCAUUGCGUAGCCCGGGCCAACGAUGUGACAGCUUUGAACGCUUGGCUGACCGAAAUGACGGGUCACGAGCCCGCGAACGCAAGCGAUCGAAUCCUGCGAGAGAUCUCGCGAGUUGACAAGGACGGCAAGACCGUGGUGUUGCACGCUGUCGACGCCCUCGACCACUCUAGCGUGGCCGACCAAGUCCUUUCAAAGCUUCUACCGUACUGUUCGCGCGAGUGCUUGGCCAUGAAAGACACGGCGGGACGGGAUGCGCUGACGUAUUUGGCGGAAAAAGAUCUCGCCUUCUCCACCUCGGCUGGCAACCUCAGCAACAUGGCGCUUGUCCAGUCCUUCGAUGCUGUGGCCCGAGCGACAAGCCUCAUGCCCAAUUUUACAGCAUCGGGAUUGCUGUUUCGGGGCGCCACCGCAUCGAUGUCGGCCCAAUCUACCAAUCUGGCGCAGCUCGCUGCCGACGACAUGUGGGCCAAAGUGGCAAGCAUUGUUGCCCAUAUAAAGUGUGACGGCGUCCACGACUUUGACAGCAACGGUUACACGGUGCUGCACUACUGCUGUGUCAAGCACAAACCGGACGUGUUGCAACAAGUGUUGAAGAACAUUUUUCUCGAUGUAGAAAUCAAGACGCGCGACGCAGACCACAAGACUGCGAUGAUGCUGGCCGACGAGCACGGUGCGCUCGAGUGCGUGCGCCUCCUGCUCCAGCAUGGUGCCCACCACGGGUUCACCGAGCCCUACUCGGCGACGCGCGUGCUCGAAAUCCGGGAGCGCGGCAGUCCGAGCGAGCGUCUUCGUUGCGACAACUGGGAGCUGGAGCAGCUCUUUCCCGCCUACUACCUCGUGCAGCUGCACAGUAUCGAUGAGGCUCGACAAUGCAUUGAGCGGGGUGAGACGGCGCUUAUGCUUGCAGUGACGCUCCAAGGCCCCAAGAGUGUCGGGCUCACCAAGUGCAUGCUUCAAAAAGGCGCCGACGUCAAUCUCACGGCCAAUGAUAGCAAGACGGCACUCGAGAUCGCAGCCCAUCGAAACAAACUCCGCGUCGUCCAAAUCCUCCUCGAGCACUUUGCAGAUUUACCCCCCAUGACGAACGGGAGCUGGCCGUACGCCGACAGGAUAUGUGACGUUUUGAAGAAGGAGGUCGCUGCGCGCGCCACGUCACAAGCGUAUCGCGACCACUUGCUGACGCGCCUGGUGGAGGUGCCAACGGAAGCGGCCUUUCAGCAAGAAACCUUUCAUACGGUGCUGUGGUGCAGCUCCGAGCUCGCAAAGGCGCUCCUGGACGACUGCGUCAGCAUGAGUCGUCACGAAGCUACGUUUUCCAAUCUCGACAUUAUCUUUGGUCGUCGCAGCCAAACGAGUGCGCUCCACACCAUUCUCAAUAUCAAGUGGGAGCUCUUUGGCCGGCGCAUGUAUGUGGAGCGCCUCCUUUUGCACUUGCUGCUCCUCGUGACGAUGACGAUAUCGUCCAUUCUUUUUGGUGACGAGCCGCCGUCGUCCACAAGCUAUGGCAUCGGGCUCACAACAGUUCUUUUGAGUGCCGUUGGGUACGUCGCUGCGCAAGGUCUUCGCCCGCGGGUCUUCCUCCAGCUCUCCGGCGAGCCGCAAUCCAAUGCUGCGUUUGUGCGGUGGUGCCUCGCGGGGUGUACCGUAGUCGUCACCGUGACUUUGGCGGCACUGGUCCUCCGCUUUGCGGACGAGUUGUCCAUCGAAAGGUGGUUUGCGACCUUCAACAACGCCGUGCUCGGAGCGACGACCAUGUACUUUAUCAUCCACGAAGUGCACGAAAUCAAGGCCGUCGGUGCGCGCAAGUACUUGGCAUCGCCAAUUAACGUCGUCCAGGCGGUCUGCUACGCCGUCAUCCUCGGUUUCUUUGUGCCAAUGAAGCUACGCUGGCUACCCGCCUCGAUGCAAGCCCAAGUUGGGGUCGGUGCGCUUCUCACCUUGGUGCUCUGGGUCCUUUCGCUGCAGUUUUUGGAGGUCGUCUCGUCCGCGAGCUACCUCCUUCCCAUGAUGGCACACCUCUUUGGCGACAUUUGGAAUUUCUUUCUCAUUUUUGGCAUUUUCCAAAUGGGCUUGACGCUUGUCUUCUACCAGCUUUUCGUACUCAACUCGGACGCCGCCUUUCGCUCGAUUGGUCAGUCGUUCCUCUCGACGUACUUUGUCGCGUUUGGCCAAGUGCCACUGAGCUCGCUCGAUGCGUUUGCCAACACGGCAGAGAUGUACGACGUCCUGUACAUGGGCGCAGCGCUCCUCAUGAUGACGCACUCGGCCAUCAUGGUCGUCGUCCUUCUCAACGUGCUUCUUGCCAUGAUGAACCAGACGGUCGAAGGCAGCCUCGCCAACGCCAAGACACAAGCGCUCAUUAGCUACGCUCAGAGCAUUCUGCGGCUCGAAGGCGCUAUGAACCUCAACGAGGCCGCAACGACCGAGCUCACCCACGUUACUGACGCGGAUGGCAAGCUUGUCUUGCACCCGAUAUUCACGGAACGCGUGCCCACGGCAGAGCUGAGCAUUGCGCCCAACCAAGUCGACGCUCUCGUGGAAGUGACCCGCCGCCGAGUGCUGUGGCGGACUCAACUGGACGGGCUGGACACCAUGGUCGCUUACUCCAUGUACGAGUUUCUUCAGGGAGUGUGCCACGUUAGUCGUUUUACCGAGUUGGACGUGGCGACUGUCUUUGACCGAGAAUUACGGGUCCUUCAAGAUACGCGCGCUCAGAUUACAAAGGCCAUCAGGACGGCGCGCUACAGCCGUAGCCACUUUAGAGACCAGAUCUUGCCCAAGCUCAACAAGGUCAUGACCAAGCAGCUCCGGCUGUGCACGGCGCAGAUCGCAUCUCUGUGGCGACGCGUGGACGCCACCAAGGAUUUGGACGAACACGACAUGUGCGCCCACCUCUUCCUGCUCAGUCACCACGUGAGCGUGGACGCAGCACUCACAAACAUGAAGGACGCCAUUUUGUCUGAGCUCGAUCGAAUCGAUGGGUGGUCCGACAACCCCGGCGAAGAGAAGUGGCGGGCGAUGCCUCCAUUGCAGUCGAAGCUCGAGGUACUCCAGACGAUAUCAACCAGCCACACCAACCAGAUCGGCGUGAUGACGGAUCACAUGAGGUUGGUACAGUCCGAGCUCGUGACGCUUCGAGAGACGGCGACGACCCAAACCAAGCAGAUCGAGAUGCUGUCAGCGCAUUUGGAGGCGAUGGCAACGCACUUCGGCGCCGUGGCCAAGCAACUGGGAGCUGUGCAUCAGCAAGGCGAAAGUGCGGGUCGAAGGAACGAGACAGCCCAAAGCAUGGCUGGUGACGACGACACGGAUGGACACCAACGCAAUAUGCUAGACGCUUGAACGGAGCAGAAGAGGUCGUCGCGCCAUUUUGCAUCGCGAGCACGUCUGGCAGCUGUAAGUUGUCAAAGAGCCUGCUAUGGAA